AUGUUUCAAGCGCUCUGGCAGCAAUAUUUCCCCCCUAGCCCUACGUUCACAGAAGAGAAUGUCGCUCCCAGCAGCCAGCAGGGCAAGGUCUUCAUCAUUACUGGCGCCAACCAGGGAAUCGGAUUCGAGCUGGUGAAGAUGCUUUACCAUACAGGUGCCACUAUCUACCUUGCUGGCCGCUCGCGUGAACGUGUCGAGCAAGCCAUUAAAGAGGUUACCGGAUCCCAGAAACCGGCCACUCCGGCCACUCUCAAGUACCUACAUCUAGAUCUCAACGAUCUCGCCACCAUCAAAGCUUCAGCUGCCGCAUUUGCUUCUCAAGAGACUAGGCUAGACAAGCUCUGGAACAACGCAGGCAUUGGCGGCAAUCCUGAAGGCACAACGACGGCUCAAAAUAUCGAAGGUCACGUGGGAGUGAAUUGUAUUGCGCCUCUCCUCUUCACCCAAGAGCUCCUUCCUCAACUCCAGCAAGCUGCCAAAACUGCGGACCCGGGCACCGUGCGCAUCAUCUGGACAGGCUCCUUGAUGAUUGAGUCCAUGGCUCCCUCGGAGGGCGUGCAGUAUGAACACCUCGAAAAAGGCAAAACAACAAACUCGAACCGCGAUUACGCCAUGUCCAAGGUUGGUAAUUGGUACCUCGCGAUUGAAGCGGCCCAACGCUGGUCCAAGUACGGUAUCACAAGUGUCGUACAAAACCCCGGCAAUCUUCUGACAAACAUAUACUCCCACCAACCCAAGAUUCUGAUGGCUAUUCUGAAGCUAGUUCUAUAUGCGCCCAAGAUGGGCGGAUACACACUUUUGUAUUCAGGCUUCACAUCUGACGUCGAUAUUGACAAGAACAAUGGCGCGUACAUUCGUCCUUUUGGCAUUUUGGCCCCCAACGGCCGACAAGACAUCUACAAGAAGAUUGCCGAGGGUGCGCCGGGCAAGUUCUGGGACUGGUGCGAGAAGAAAUAUCAGCCUUAUUUGUGA